UCUUGAUAAGAAACAGGACCUACAAGGGCUGCUUUUUUCAUAAACUUCCAGGGGUUCCAGUCUCUGGAAACGGCUGGACCCAAAGGAUAAAGCCAGUUGCUGUAUGAGAGUAACACAAAAUCCUUUUGCCGAGCCAGGGUUCUUGCUAUGCAAACAUGUCUCAUUCCCCCUUUUUAUACUGUGCCUGUUGGGAUCCUUGGAAUGUGAGGGGUAAAAGGCUAAUAAAGACCAUGCCAGGCUUACCGAAUCAGAAAGCCAGGUCUUCCUCACUAGGCAUGAUCUUGAAAAGCCAAAAUAGUUUCCUGUUUGCUCUAAAACCUCCCAGCACAUCCAAAGGGAUAUUGCCCAACAGAAAAUAUGGAUAUCGACUACGAAGCAGAGAACCACCUGAUGCUUCAGGGGAGUUCAUAGAAAUCUCACCUGGUUAUACCUUGACUCGAAGUAAAGAACAUCUCUCCGUCACGCUAGGGGAGGAAUUUUUUGAAAGAAAAAAUGCUACUGAAGAACCAGCCCCGCGCUUUGUUCCCAGAAGCCCAGUGAAACUUGAGACAAAGUGCUCCAUGAAGUCACAGUGUCUGAGGAAGACUACAGGGAGAGGACUGACUAGACCACACAGCACUGCCUGGAUCCUUUCAGUGCCAUUAUUAUUGGAGAAGGAUAUGGAAGAAAAGUGCAAUGAGAUGCAACAGGAGCAUGAGAAUAAGAUCAGGGAACUCCAAGAAGCUCACUGUGCUGAGCUCCAGGCCUUGCAAGUGCAGUACAAGAAAGAACUGAGGACUGAGAGGGCCUCUGCACAAGAGAAAAUGGAGGGGAUGCAGAAGGAAUACAGGUAUCUGAAGAAUGCAUUCCGAAUGUACCAGGACAGUGUUUCUGAUGAAAUGGAGGAGAAGUGGCUGAGAAGACAGGCUGACUGGAAGAAGAGUGAGAGGACUGAGCGGGAGAAGGCACUGUUACAGCAAAAGCAGGAAUUGAUGAAGAAAUUUGAGCUGGAGAGAGAGCAGCUAAAGAAAUCAUUUCAGAGUGGUAACUCCAUGACGAAUAAACACUCCCAACAGGAAAGAGAGGAGUUUAUUAAACAGCACCAGGAAGAUGUGGAGAAAAUAAAAGAGUUGCAAAACAUCAAGGAGUCUCUGGAAGCCGAUUUGAAGGAGAAGGAUCAGAUUCUCAAGGCUCUCACCACAACGAUGCAGAACACUCAGAUGGAACUUCAGAAAGAGAAAAGCAACCUGAUGGCGUUGGAGAAAAACAUUCAACAGAAAAUCUCAGCAGUUGAAUUAAAACACCAGCUCAAUGUCAGUUCCCUGGCAGAUGAAAAUGCCCUUCUGAGACGCAAACUGAUCACAAAGAGCGAAGAAGCAUUUAACGAAAGAGUCCGGCAAAAGAGUCAGUUGUGAGGACUGCUCUAAUGGGAAUGUGACCUUGUUACUAAGGGAAACUUGCUGAUGAUGGUAAAUCCAAACGUAGCAAUAUGUUGAAGUUUAUUUUCCAUUUCUGUAGGCAAUGCCAAAUCUGCCGUCCCUCACUCGUCCAAAAUCAUAUCAAUCAAUCAUAUCCCAGGUGUCAUGUUUUUGUCCUGUCGUUUCCUUAUUCUCUAUCCUGUAUUGCUUCAGGCCACAAGUCUGCUGCAAAUCACUGUCCUUGCUUUGUUUCCAGACAGCGAGAUGGAUGCUGGCCCCAAGUGUGUGUGCUGCACUAUGAUGCUCAGCUGAGUCUUCUCUCUGCUUAAGCUCUCUCUUACCAGGCCAGGCUGGUAUGGUGUAGAUGAAUGGGUGCUCAGAGGCUAAUGUUUUUAGCCCUCUUGCUAAUCAUUACUACAAUAGUUAUUUGCUACUAUAAAUGGGGAUGCUCCUCCUCCCAGGCAGUCAGACUUCUAGUCAGA